GCUACAUACAUCUAUUUGUUGUGAAAAUAUUCUACCCAAUUAAUCCUUAAAAAUGUUGGCCGGCUGCCCCGAUGAGCUGCCCAAUCCGCACAAGAACUGCCUGCACGAGAUGCUCCAGGCGUUGAUCUGCAACGACAACGAUGUGAAGCGCUUGAACACGGAGCUAAGGAAUCUGAAUCUAGAGCUAAAGGCGGAGCUGGCCAAGAUUAACAAGGCGAACCAGAAGUGCGGGCACGAGAAGAAGGGCAAGGUAGUUUGCGAGAGCACCGAGGAUGUGACGAAAUUCGCCCAGCGGAUCAAUAGCCUGGAAGAGGUGACAGCGCACUUCACCCAGCGUAGUGAGGAGAUUCGAAAGAGGCGGGACAACAUCAUCAUCUAUGCCCGCCAGUGCCUGUAUGCCUACAACGAGGAGAAGUGCAAGUUCAAGUCGUUCCACGAGAACACGGUGGACUACAUAAAGCGGACGGCGACACUCUCCCAGGAUGCGGAGGUUAUCCGGGCAUGCGGAAAGGAGGUGUGCGAGCUGCAUAAGCGCUUCGUGCGUGAGGUGGCCAAGCUGAAGAGCUGCGAGGCGGAGCUGCUGCCCUUUUUCAAACUGCUCAAGGAUUCCGAUCCGAAGACCUACUGCGAGUGCUGCUGUUUCAAGGGAUACGACUGGAUGCCCAAGAGCAAGAAUCUGGAGGCCGUGGAUGCAAUGGCUGGCGAGAUCAAGGAACAGAUGGGCGACGUACUGGUCAGGGCCUUCGCUCAACUGCACAUUCAUUCGCCGCAGGAUCCACGCGCCUUUAUUGCCGCCUAUCUGAUGAAUCUUGAUCGUAACGAGCAGGAAAUGAAGGAGAAGCUCGUGAUUUUCCAAGCAGAUCCAGCAGUGCAACCCCAGGAGCUUUCGGAUCCCACAUUCAAUUGCGAGGAUAUUUGUCCGAAGCCUGAAUGAUAUCAUUAUUAAUCCACGAUUGUAUUCGAAUAAUAACUUUAAAUUGGCGAGCU